CAUGUAUCGCGUUUGAAACAAAAAACAACGAAAAUCCAAAUGAAACCAAAAUUAAUCGUUCGUGAAUUUCUGAUUUCAUCUUCUGGUUUUGCGAAAAACCGCCAUCUAUUAUUCGUUCGGUUACUGAAUCGAUAGAAAACAUCUGGCUCAUCAGCAUUAUUUUUUUGAGUGGUUUGUUUUUUUUGCCCAUUGUCACAAACAAACAAAUGAUGAAAUAAUUGAUUAAAAAUGAUACAAUUACGUAAAUGUUGGCGAAAACUAUUUUUUAUCAUACUAUCGAUAUCAUUGAUAUUCAUUAUUUAUCAACUUUAUUAUUAUCGUUUAUUAGUUAAUGUUACCAAUAAUAUUUCGACAUCAAAAUCAUCAUCAUCAUCAUCACGAAGAAUUGUUGGUCCAUCAGCAUCAUUAUUUAUUGGACAACAACAUAAUAACGAUCCAAUAAUGAUUGAUGAUCUACAGAUUAGAUCACCAGAUCAUGAUGGUAAUGGCAUUGUAAAUAUUCCCAAUGUAAUAAUCGGUAUCGAUAAUAAUGCUCAUCAUAAUAUGGAUCAAUAUCGUCGUGCGUUUCAAUAUCAAAAUGGUUAUUUUCAUUGUAUAAAUACUAAUGAUCAGAUAAUAUUGAUUGAUAGAAAAUAUUUUAAUGAUGAUUAUUGUGAUUGUCCAGAUGGUAGUGAUGAACCAUCAACUAGUGCCUGUUCAGCAUUAUUAUCAUCAUCAACUAAAUCAAAUGAGCCAUUAAUGUUUCAUUGUCAUUCAUCAUCAUCAUCAUCGCCAUGUCGGAUUGUAUCCAUUCCAUAUUAUCGUGUAAAUGAUGGAAUUUGUGAUUGUUGUGAUGGUUCCGAUGAAACGAAACAUUUGGAUAUUUCUGUAAAUCAAUUUCAACGACAAAUACGUUCAUAUACAAACAUAACGAAUCAAUUGAUGUGGUCAAAAUGUCAUCAUCGACAACGAAAUCUAUAAAAUCACCCGGUGAUAUGACCAAAUAAUGUUAUGUUAUCCAUUAUUUGUAUAGAAAUGAAGACAAAAAAAAUUAAUCUAUCCAUGUCCAUGGUAGAAUUUGUUGUAUAAAUAUUUAUGAAAAUAAUUUUAAAAUGUGAUAAGAAAUCAUGUUUCAGAAAUUAUCCUAAUCCUAAUCCUAAAUGAAUUUAUUUUUCAUUUUUUCGUGCUUGUUUUUGUCUUUUCAUGAUUUUAAUAGUUGAAAAGUUACAUUUGCAAACAUAUUUUUAGAAUGAAUAAAAAAGAUGCACUUUUCAUGUAUUAA